UUUAAAUCUGCCAAUUUAAUUUUAACAUUUUUGUCUUAAGCAGACCUUCAUGAUGAAACUUUAGCGUCAUGAUAUAAACUUUACAUUAUAGUAUAGUAAAUAAUAAAACAGCCACGAAGUUAAAAUUCUGGAUACCAAUACAUCAAUUAAUCGUAUUUUGCACAGAAGAAGCUGCAUGUAUCUUUAAGCACGUAUAUCUCUCCAAACAAUGAGUGUUUUUUGGUUUUAUUCAAACAAGAUAAUAAAAUUACAAAAAGACAAGAGGCCAAAUGCAUAUUAAAGUUAACAAGAAAAUUGCUACAAUAUUCAAGACACCACGAAGUCAACAGGAUAUGAAGACUUUAGAAACUGGUUCAAACCGAAGUUGUUAAUCAAAAUGUUUAUUCCACUAGGUAUAGAGUGUUGUAGGCGUAUAAGCACAUAAGCAGGCCUUGGUUAAACUACAAGAAAUAAUUAUGUCUUCUUUUCACUAAGAAAAAUUUCAUCGCAACCCUGAGUUUACAGUUUAUACCCAAACGUACGCACAAUGACGAUUUUAAAUUUUAAGCUUUAUUUUACAUCGUGGUCGAAAUAGAAACAUGGAGACAAGGUUUCGAUACUAGACAGAAGAAGAAAACGAAUACAUAAAAUAGUACAAUAAAAGUUUGUUAUUAUGGAAUUGAAUUACGAUUCUUCUAACUAUCCAGUAUAUGCUGGGACAGUGGAGAAUUCAUGCUUUGUUGAGGAAUGAAUGAAUUCUGAAUACAUGCGACUUCUGAUAUUUUGAAUGUGGGUAUGCAUACUUCUAGUCGUUGGCCCAGAAUUGUCCAAACUUGAAAAUCUAUUCACCCUGUAUGUGGGUUUUCAUUGGAGUAAUCUAUUAUUUUUUAUAUUUAAUCAAUAAAAUGAUUGCAAGCUUAACACUGUUUCAACAACAAAAAAGUAAUAGUAUGAUAUAUCAACUAUUCAGAAUAUAAGGUGUAUCAAAAUAAGACAAUAGAAAGAGACAUCGAUUACCAGAAUAGGCCAUUAUCGCAUUGUCAGCCGGGUCACCACUGUGGCCGCUAGAUGCCCUCGAUUCUGGCGCUACCUCCGUCCGUCCAUAGACGGCCAACCAUGGUCAGAUGAGCAAUGUUUCGUGCUAUUUGGCAACUCAUCAGUAUGUUUUAGGAUUGGUAUCAGGCUGUCAAAUGCGGACUGCGAUUCAGUUCCAGCAGAGAGUUUGCUGUUUCACUCUCGCAGCUGUCGAUUCUGGUAGUAGAUGGCGCUUUGUGCUAUCGAUAGACCUCAUAUCCUGGAUAGAGCCUGAUUACUCAGUUUUAGUUUGUUGUCCUAUCUGAGACCAAGCCUAGACCAUGCUGAUGAGUUUCCAAAAAAGUACUAAGCAGUUGUCCAGGGGUUUGUGGUCGGACGGACGAAAACUAUGUAAUACUUUGUUCAAUUGCGAGUAGACCAUAUCUACUAGCAUCAUCCACAGUGGUGACUCGGCUGUCAAAUACGAAAUGGGAAACUUGUUCCAACAGACAACUUGCUGUCUUAUUUCAAAUGAGACUAAAUAUCUCGACAUUCAGCUGACCUCAAUCAAUUGUUCCAAAUUAUGUUAUAAACUACCUAAUCUCUACUAUAUCCACAUUCUUUGAAAGGAAAUGAUAUGAAAUGUAUUAACACCGAUGGGGGACAUCCAACAAGCAUUCACGAAGAACCAAAUCAAACCAGACGUAGUGUCCGAUGUACCUGAGAAGACGAUUGAAGUCAAGUACAAGAAUGGCAAGGAUGUCAAGCUUGGCAACGAGUUGACUCCCACUCAGGUUAAAGAUAAGCCUGAUGUGAAGUACGAGGGGCAGGCAGAUGCUUAUUACACAUUGAUCAUGACCGAUCCCGAUGCGCCAAGCAGGAAGAAUCCAACUAGGAGGGAAUGGCAACAUUGGCUGGUUGUAAACAUUCCGGGAACCAACGUCAAUGCAGGUGAAACGAUCAGCGAAUAUGUAGGAUCUGCACCACCUAAAGGCAGUGGACUCCACCGUUACGUUUUUGUACUCUACAAACAACCAGGAAAGGUUCAGUACAACGAGCCCAAACACAGUGCCACAGACGGAAACAGGGGUAACUUCAACACAAACAACUUCGCGAAGAAGUACAAUCUUGGAAAGCCCAUCGCAGGAAACUUCUUCCAGGCUCAAUGGGACGACUAUGUUCCUACAGCCCACAAAAAGUUGGGAUUCUAAGCAGAAAGUUCGUUGAAUGACAUUCAAUGUGAGGUGUAAGUGUCAUUAAUUUUGGAUAUUGUUAUAAUAAUAUGAAAUAUACCGAUAUAAACUGACGAAUUGUGUCUCAAUCAGAAAUAUGUAAUAUUGAUCUGAUUCGAGUUUGGAAUAUACGUUUUGUGUUAGUUAUGUGAGGAAGGUUUCUGUAUUUGAAAUAAAAUUGUCUGCUGAUAUUUUGUUGUAUGCUUCAGUUUAUAGUUACAAAAUAAAUAAUUUUAUCUAUAUGA